CGGUCUUUACUGGAAGCUGUCAGGUCAGAUGAUCGGGGCUACAUUGUAAAUAGACAGCGGUGAUCCUCCGUGGCCAUGCCUCCGUGUUCUCUCUGAAUCUCCUCCUACAGAGCAGAUCCUUUCCACUCACACUCUUCAGAUAACAUUUCUCUGGCUGGUUUCUGGUCGCCUCGCUGCGUCAAAGUGUUAUUGAAGUAUGUACCGGUCUCUGUACGCCUUCCGAUCCGCGGAGCCCAACUCGCUGCACUUCGCGGCCGGAGAAACCUUCCUAAUCCUGGAGAGGAGCAACAAACACUGGUGGCUGGGGUCCCGCUGCAGCUCGGGGGAAACCGGCUACAUCCCCUCCUCAUACAUUGAGAAAAUACAGGCUCCAGAGCAGGAUGAGGUGUUGCAGUCCAUUGACAGAGCCAUCGAGGGCAUCCACAAUGUGGCCUUAAAAAACGGAGGCAAAUACAAUCUCGAACAGCGGGACGUUCUUCAAAAGCUGAUCCAUCACAGAAAGGAAACGCUCGCUCGGCGAAGUUCUUCUUCGGCCUCCGCUCACAAACAAGGCAUCCCAUCUUCCAGCAGUGAGAUAUCUCUUAGUCAGACACCUCCUCCACCCAAUGGCCUUAACCGAGAGUAUGCGCGACAGGGGAGCAUGCCGUUAUCAGGCAGCAUGGACAGUAUGCAAGGAGAACAGGGUUUUUACCAGGUACCACCCCAGGCUCGACGUGCAGCUCCGAUCACGCCGCCUCCCCCAGAAAAACAGAAAAACACCCGACGCCCAGCAGAACCGGAGGUCCCCUCCAGGGUGUCCUCUCUUCCUCCGUCCCCUGCUCCGUCCCUCACGAUCAGCUCCAACUCUUUAGAGUCCGGCUCCUCCCACUCUCUGGUCUCCUCUGAGGUCAGUCUACCGAGUGUUUCCAGCACCCCUCCUCCUCCCGUGCCGUCCCGCGUGAAGCCUCCUGCGCCGCCUCCAGACGCGCUGCCUCCUGACUCUCCUACCCAGCCAGCUCCUGCAAAGAAAAGCCCGGCGCCGCAGCCACCCAAGGCCACUCCUCCUUUACAGCUCACCGAGGAAGAGCAACCAGAGACUGAUUGGCCUGUAGCCCCCCCAUCUAUUGCUGAAAGCCCCCCUGGCAGCCCCACAACCCCUGAACCGGUUCCCAUGACUAUUGGAGCUGAACUCAUCGAGCUGGUACGGAAGAACACGGGCUUGAGUUACGAGCUGUCGCGGGUCGCUGUGGGCGUGGUGGUCGGCCACCUGCAGACCGCCUUGCCUCAGGCCUCCUCUGCUCUGGAGCAAGUUCUCCUUUCGCUGGUGAAGAGCAAGGACCUGAGUGCAGCGCUGCCGCAGGGCCAGGUGUGUCACGAUGAACAGCGUCUGGAGGUGAUCUUCAGCGACCUCGCCCGUCACCGCGACGAUUCCCAGCAGCGCAGCUGGGCGCUUCACGAGGACCACGCUCUCAUCGCCUGCUACCUGGAGGAGCUGCUGAAGAUACUGACCGAUGCUGAACCAGAGGUGUGUAAGAGGAUGUGCAAGUCCAACCACUGUGAGAACGUGCUGUCUCUGGUGUCAUACUAUCAGAUGGAGCACCGCGUGUCUUUGCGGCUGCUGCUGCUCAAAGUGUUCGGGGCGAUGUGCAGCCUGGACGCCACUCUCAUCUCAACCCUGCACAACUCCAUCCUCCCCAUGGAGCUGGCCAGGGACCUGCAGACCGACAUUCAAGAACACCAGAAGAUGUGCUACACAGCUUUGGUGCUUACUAUGAUAUUCUCAAUGGGCGAGCAGGUGCCAUAUCAUCACUACGAACACUUGAAUGCUGACUUUGUUCAGUUUCUGCUGGGUGUGGUGGAGGACGGCCUUCCCUCUGAUCCCACGGAGCAACUGCCUGACAUUUUCCUGAACCUCCUGCUGUCAUUCAACCUGCACCACACAGCGCCCAGCAACAACGUGAUCAUGGACGAGCUGAAGAAGAAAAAUGUGAAGAUCCUGUCAGAGAAAGUGCUGCUGCUUCUGAACAGAGGCGACGACCCCGUGUGUAUGUUCAAACACACCCCGCCCGCACCGCACUCGGUGCUCAAGUUUCUGCAGGACGUGUUCGCCGACCGAGACACCGCGGACAUCUUUUACCGCACAGACAUGAUGGUGAUGAUCGAUAUAGCUGUUCGACAAAUAUCUGACCUUUCACCCGGAGAUAAGCUGCGGAUGGAGUAUCUCUCCCUUAUGCACUCCAUCAUUCGCUCGACGGAUUACCUCGAGCACAAGCACCGCCUGUCUGACCUGCAGGGGGUGCUGCAGAGGAUUCUCAGGGAGGAGGAAGAUCCGGGAGAGGAUGAAGGGAGCGCAACAGCGAAACAGAUGGAUAAGCUAAUUGUACAGCAGAUCUACAAGGAGUUCCCACAGAUCUGUGAGAACCAGGACUAACCUUAUCAGUAUCAUGCUCACACACUGUAGUCUGCUCCCGUCUGCUGCAGGGAGGUACGAUAAAGCUUGAAAGAGGAGGAACCGAUGUCUGAGGGCGAGUUAGAUUCUGUGCCAGCCUGUGCUGAGAGAACCAGUUUUGCCAGUGUCUUUCUGAACUUGUAGUCCAGGGCCGCAGCCUGCAUGUGAUGUUUAUUUCAGAAAGAUCCUUACUGGUUUCACAGCUGCUUCAUUCUUAAAGACAUUUGAUUUGAAUAAUGGGUGUGAUGUUUAUUUGGGGUGUUUAAGAAGAGGAGAAACUCGGACUAAAAUAACAAUAAAAAAAAAACCUUGCGAGGUUUUAAUCGUACUUAAAAAUGAAAAAUAGCCAAAAUAUAGGCCAAACCUUGAAGCUGUACUCAAAUGAAUUCUUAGCAAUAAUGUCUUUCUGAACCUUACAUGGACUAACUGCAUGUACUUUUGAAAAUAAAGUAACAGUGAUCAAGGCAAAACUUUACUUUAAUCAAACUAAUUUCAGAGAAAAUGGAAAGAUUUGUUACAGAGAGGCAAAUCUGUAGUUAUAGUACACGUAUCAGUGCCAUUAUUUCAACAUUGAGAGAAUACUUUGAACCUUUAUGUGCUUCCCUUUCAGUGGGACCAAACUACUGUGUGUUACUGAGAGUAUUAUUUUCUUUGUAGAGUACCGUGCUCUUAAAACUGACAUCCUACUUCCUUCCCCUUGUUGAUCAUACAAAUUAAAGGCAAGCAGAAACCACUUGAACGAGUUUAAUAUUAGUCUAGUGAGAAAAGCACAUCCUGACUCAUGCGUUAUCGUUACUAAGCUUGUAGCUGAGUUGCUGCUGCUGCUGCUGCUGCUGCUGCUGCUGCUGCAUAUCGAGUCUCCCUCCUGUGGCUGCAUCAUUUCUCUCCGGUACCUUUGGCUUUUCUGACACUUUAAAAUAAUCUCUGUACCUGCAAAUGCAAUUCUACAAAAUAAGAAGUUGUCUGUUGACUGUUUACAGAUUCAAAGUAACUGUGCUGCACUACGGCUUUAUAACAACUUGCUGUCAAGUGCUAAGUCUUAGCCGCCAUAAGCUGUGGCUUCGUGGAGAGGAACAGUGUUUAUUAUCUGAGAUAAUGCAUUAGUCAGUGUUCUAGUCUCAUUGUCUGACUGAAAAUCAAAAUGGAAGAAGAGGAAAAUGCAGGGAAUUUAUUUGUUCUCCUUGUAUGUUUUUAAUAAUUUAACAGUGAAAUGUACCAUCCUUCAUUCCCUCAUUAACGUUGUGAUGUUGUUCUCCCAUUGUACACUUUACCCGCUCUGAUUUUGUCCCUGACAUAGAAGGCUGACGCAACUGAUAUCAUAUUUUAGUUCACAUCCAAGUGUUCUUUUUUUGACUAAAUUGCGUUUCUGUUUACAGUGCGUGUAUGUGUUUGUGUGUGUGAGUGUUGAACCUCUCCAUGGUUAACAUUGUCUGCAAAAGUGCUGCGGCUGUGUCAUAAUAAAACUAAUAAAGCUAUAUUUUAACAGUG